ACGAGUUGCGUUGUUUACAUGCGUUCAAAUAAAUGAAGCCUGACAAUUUCGCGCCACACCGCAUCAACUGUCAAAUGCAGUACGGCAACAGUUCGGCUAUACCGGGAAAAACUUGUAAAUUCAGUGCAGUACAUGUUGUGUGUCGAGUUCCGUGUUCUCGUUCGUAAUACUGUGUACUAGAUUUCCAUCCGCUGCUCCAUAUUCUAUUGUUCUUGUAGAGUAAAAAAAAAUGGAUGCCCAACAAUUACCGUUCCUUGCGGAGUACUCGAAGAGCAACCGGGCAGGGUGUCGAUUCUGUAAGCAAAAGAUCGACAAGGAUGUGCUCCGGCUUGCGGCGAUGGUUCAGUCGCCGAUGCAUGAUGGUAAGGUGGCUCAAUGGUACCACGAGGAUUGCUUCUUCAAAAAGCAACGUCCAACAACGGAAGGCGAUGUGGCCAAUUUCGACGCACUGCGGUACGAGGAUCAAAAGAAAAUCCGCGACGCAAUUGCAACGUUUGCGAAGGGUGUCGUUCCCGCGGCCGGAAAGGGAAAGGGCAAGAAACGUUCAGCGGCGGAAGCACAAUCGUUGAAGGACUUCGGAGUGGAGUAUGCAUCCUCGGGACGGGCCAUGUGCAGGGGAUGCGAGCUGAAGGUUCUUAAGGAUGAAGUGCGCAUCAAGAAGGUCGUCUACGACACGGAGGUAGGGAUGAAGUAUGGCGGACAACCGUUGUGGCAUCAUGCUGAAUGUUUCGCGAAGCUACGCUCCGAAUUGGGUUACUUUGAGAAGGCUGAAAUGUUACCUGGUUACCGUUCGAUGAAACCGGAGGAUCAGAAACUGUUAAAGCAACUUUUACCUGCUAUCAAGGCGGAGAAUGUACCGUCGAAGAAGGUUAAGGAAGAGGUUAAGGACGAGGUAGACAAAGCGGCUGAAUCAGUAGAUGAAAAGAAUAUCGCCGAGCAGCAGAAAGCGUUUUACAAGAUACGCGAUAAGCUGAAAUCGCUCGGCGUAAAGAAAGCGGAAUUGAUUGAAAUCCUGUCCCAAAACCAUCAGGACAUCCCGGAGGGUAACGAUCCGGUGUUGGAUCGUGUUUGCGAUACGCUUCUCUUUGGUGCGCUAGAACGAUGCUCGAAAUGCGGUGGCCAAUAUGUGCUGCAAAAGGCGUCGUACGUUUGCGAGGGCAAUCUGACCAACUGGGUAAAAUGUAUGAAUUCCGAAAAGGCACCACCGCGUAAGAACGCUGUAAUACCGGCCGAUCUGCGAGCGGCCUACUCGUUCUUGAAGCGUUACAAAUCGAACGUUCGAGAUCGAGUGUUUCGGUAUGUUCCGCCGAGCAUCAGCACCGUGAUGAAGAGCGUGAAGAAGGAGGAAGAAUUGCCCUCGGAACCGAAGGUAAAGCGCGAGAAGCCUCCGCUGUACAAUAUGGAGUUUGUCAUACUCGGUAAAACGGCCACACCAAAGGAUCAGUUGAAGCUUAGAAUACAAAAGCUGGGUGGCAAGGUGGUAACGAAGAUUGCCAGCCAUACGGCAGCUAUCAUUUCCACACCGGAGGAAGUUGAGCGGCUAAAUAGUCGUAUGUGCGAGGCGAAGGAGCUACAGAUUCAGGUUGUGCCGGAGGAAUUUUUGGACGAUGUGCAGGGAGGUGGUGCGCUUUCGUUCAUCACUAGCCGGGCCAUCUGUGACUGGGGUUCGGAUCCGCAGACGCGCAUCCCAACCGAAGAGGAGAGUAAAUCUCGCUCGAAAAAGAGCAUUUACGAAAAAUCCGUACCGGCCAAGAUGAAGCUACAGGUAAAGAGUGGUCUGAUCGUCGAUCCGGACUCGAACCUGGCGGACAGGGCGCACGUGUACAAAUGCAAUGGUGUCAUCUAUAAUUGCGUCCUGAAUAAGGUGGACAUUCAGACCGAUAAAAAUUCGUACUACAAAAUGCAGGUACUCGAAGACGAUAAAAAAAAGAAAUACUGGUUGUUCCGUUCCUGGGGACGUAUUGGUACCACGAUCGGUGGUACCAAGGUGGAAAACCACAGCACAGCAGAGGACGCCAUGUUAUCGUUUGAAGAACUUUUCCUGGAAAAGACCGAUAAUGAUUGGAAUCGGCACGAUUCCGUAUACCACAAGAUGCCGGGCAUGUUUUAUCCGAUCGAGAUCGAUUAUAGUGAGACGAAGACGAAGCGUCUUGCGGAAAACAGUGCGUUCAAAUCGAAACUCGCUCCUGCGGUCCAGGAGCUGGUUCGCAUGUUGUUCGAUGUGGACGCGAUGAAUCGGGUAAUGCUCGAGUUUGAGCUGGACAUGGAAAAGAUGCCACUGGGCAAGCUGUCGAAACGGCAGCUCCAAUCGGCUAUGAAGGUGUUGUCGGAAAUUUCCGACCUAAUUGGCAACAGUGGCUCCAAUGCGCAGUUUAUAGAUGCAUCGAACAGAUUCUACUCGUUCAUUCCGCACAACUUCGGCGUUUCGGCCGUAAAGGUGCUGGAUACGAUCGAGCAGGUCAAGGAGAAGCAAACCAUGUUGGAAAGUUUGAUGGAGAUUGAGUUCGCAUACUCGUUGCUGAAUGAAUCCGACGAAGAUGAUGGCAAGAGUGGUAAGAAUCCGCUGGACGUUCAUUACGAACAGCUGAAGACGGUCAUUGAACCGAUGGCACGCGAUUCGGAAGAGUUCGGCUUGCUCGAGCAGUACGUGCGCAAUACGCAUGCGGAGACGCACACAUCGUACGAUCUGGAGAUUGCAGAAAUCUUCCGCAUCAAGCGUAAGGGUGAAGAUCGUCGCUAUCAACCAUUCAAGAAGCUGCACAACCGCAAGCUACUGUGGCACGGUUCUCGGUUGACCAACUUUGCUGGUAUUCUUACGCAUGGUUUGAAGAUUGCCCCACCGGAGGCACCGGUUACGGGUUACAUGUUUGGUAAGGGUAUUUACUUUGCCGAUAUGGUGUCGAAAUCGGCCAACUACUGUUGCACCAAUAUGGUUGAUUCGACCGGAUUGAUGCUGCUGUGCGAAGUAGCUCUCGGCGAUAUGCAAGAGUAUCUGCAGGCACACUACGUGAAGAAACUUGCUACUGGUAAGCACAGUGUGAAGGGUAUUGGACGCACACAGCCAGAUCCGGCUAGUUCGCAUAUCCGCCCGGAUGGGGUGGAGAUACCGAUGGGCAAGGGUGUUUCGGACGAGAAGAUAAAAAGUUCUCUGCUUUACAACGAGUUCAUCGUGUACGAUGUGGGUCAGGUAAACUGCCAGUACUUGUUCAAGAUGAACUUCAAGUACAAAUACUAAAUUCGUUGUUGCACUGUAAACUCUACCCAGGGACAGAAGAAGAAGGACAAGCAUUUGAUGAUUUCCUCGUGGUAGUUGUUGAUUUCUUUUUAAAUGUUAUUUGAGUUUUCCAAAUACAACCGUUUCGUUUCGUUUGCAUUAGUUUGUAGUACACAAAUGUAUACGUUAUCAGUUUCUUACAUAUUCAAUACACAGUUUGCCAAAUACUUAAUAGUCGUCUAUUACAAGAGCAUUACAAGAGCAACACUCAUAUAAACUAAACCUUUGUUUGUUAAACGUUAUACAUGAUGUAAUACUAAAUUCGAAUACACUGAACUGAAUGUGUGAAGCAUGGAUACAAUUUAAAAUAUGCAUAACUUUAUAUCAAUUUCACGAAAAGACGUAUGAACGUAUAAACUAACUUAAGUUACCAAGUUUUUCAAAUAUCUACCAUAAUUUUAAUUGGCAAAUACAUUCUUGCUGAAAAUCGAUUGAAAACCAUCAAUGUUCAAAAUUCAGAUGCAACGGUUUAGCUUAACAAUUUUGUAAUUUUAGAUUGAAAAUCAGAAAAAAUUGGAACGUAUUUUCAUAACAAAUUUACAUACCGAUACCAACGCGCUUUUAAAGAUGGCACGCGAUUCACCCCCGAUCACAACAGAUGCAAACAUUCUGCUGGAAUUUAUCUAAACAAUCUAUUUUUAGCUAGUAAGAAAACCGCUGCAGCAUGUACCGAAACGUUGUGGAUAUUAUAUUGAUAAGCAUAAAUAAGGUUUGCCGUUUUUUCCUCAUUCCUUUAAAUAUAUUUUAUUUUCUAAAGUAAUAUCCAA